AUGGGCAGCAAGAAGCGCAACACCUCAUCGACUACCUCGACCCCGUCCAAACCCCGUCAGGCGCAGCAAGAGCAGCAAGCGGCGGACUCGCGCUCGUCGCCGACGUCGUCGUCCAUGUCGACCAGCAACAGCAACAGCAACAGCAACAGCAACAGCAACAGCAACAGCAACAGCAACAGCAACGCGCCCCCGCCCCCGCCCCCGCCCCCGCCCCAGUCCUCUCGACCAGCGGUCGCCAGCAUGGGCGCCACGUCCAAGAUCGCCUCCGUGUCCUCGGUCGAGAUCCCCUCCCAUUCGAGGAGGAACCCCAAGAAGAUCGGCUACAUCAGGAGCUGGAUUAUGUGGUACGAGGGGACGCUGGCGAUGAGCAUGUUCGAGACCGUACGUUCACCCGCGCCGGCUUCUUGCUCGGUGUUGUGCUGAUCUUCAUUCUCGACUGGACACCACUCAGUGGGAAAAGAUCCUGCUCCGUGCGUCAUCUUCAUCCGCAGACCACCACCCAACUGCCUCCGACUAACGCUGCGGUGGCUUGUCACGCCCACAGACUCGAUCGCCCUCAUCUUCAUGCUCUUCUUCUACAUCGCCGUGGCGCGCUAUCUGCCCGCACGACUACGACUGAUCCAAGAGCGCGUCAAGUGGUACAUCACCGGAAGUGAAGGCUACAACGCCGCGAAUGUCAUCGCCGCGGCCAAGGCUGGCUCGAUGGGCUCGACAAAGACGCCGUGA